UAAACACGUAUAAUAAUAUGUCAAAAUUAUCUAAAAUCGUGAUAUUCUGCCUAUGACUCCUACUCCUUACUCAGGCAGCUGAAGUUGGAGGUAAGAUAAAACAGCCAAAGCAGGGAAAGAAAAGAGUUACUAAAUUCAAUUUUGACCAAAUGAAGGUCUUACUGAAAGGGGAAGAGAAGACCUACACCAGCUUCGUUUAUCCAAAUGGCCUCUUCAAGUUUACAAAUGUUCCAGUGGGCACAUAUAUUAUGAAGAUAGAAGAUAUUGACCACUUCUUUGAGUCAGUAGCUGUCGAAAUAAUUAGUCAUGAGGACAAAGAAUACAUAAGAGCUUUUGAGUACGAUAUGAAGAACGGUAAAGGAAAGAAAGUUAAGCAUCCAAUUGUUUUUAAGCCUACUGCUCCAAAGCAAUAUUAUGAAAUCAAAGAACCCUUCAAUGUCUUAAGCUUCUUCCAGAACCCAAUGAUGAUUAUGAUGGUUGUGAGUAUUGGUCUUGUCUUCUUGAUGAACAAGAUGCCAAAGCCAAACAAAGAAGAAAUGGCUGAAAUGAAUAAAAACAUGGGUAGUCUUCCAUCUUUCCUCACUGGUGGAGGUAGCUAAUUAUCAAGGCUAUAUAUUCAAUAAAACA